AUGUCUGGUCAUCAACAUCAUCAUCAUAAGCAACAUAACCAUCAUCAUCAGCAUUCAGGUGGACUUGGUAGCGGCCCAGGCAGCGUUGUGAAAGAAAAUGAUAAAUCAAAAGGCCCUGCUUCUCUUCAUAAAGAAGGAGGAGGUUCUGCUUGUUCGCACAAGAGCCAGGGAAGUGCCCAUAGUAGUCAACACGGUAAACAUGAGGGGCAUAGCAGUAGUCAUCAUCAUCAUGGAUCAAGCGGAAAUCGUGGCAGCCAUCAUGCAGGACAUGGCGUUGCUCAGCAGAAUGCACCGGGUGGUGAACAACACAACGCACCCAUCGGAUAUAACGCUGGUCAACACAGUACGCCCGCUGAAUAUAGCGGUCAACAUAAUGCGCCACAAGUUGGACCCGGGGUAUAUGGUGGCCAACAUAAUGGACCAGGUGCUGGAUCAUAUGGUGCACCACCAGGGCCAUAUAAUGCACCACCAGGACCGUAUGGUGCACCACCAGGGCCAUAUAAUGCACCACCAGGACCGUAUGGACCAUAUGGUGCACCACCAGGACCAUAUGGUGCACCACCAGGACCAUAUGGUGUACCCCCCGGAGCAUAUGCUGCACCUCCCGGAACAUAUGGUGCACCUCCUGGAGCAUAUGGUGCACCUCCCGGAGCAUAUGGUACACCUGGUGGAUAUGGUAGACCAAGCGCACCCGUUAGAUAUGGUGGUGGUCAGCCUAAUAUGCCCGGUGGCGUACCUCAUGGUAGACCCGCUGGACCACAUACCGGACCUAGUGGCGGUCAAUAUGGUGUGCCUGGUAGAUCUGAAGGUUCUCAAUGA